AUGCGCUCUGAAGAGCUUGUUCGAUGGACUACCAUGGGUAUAUCUUGUGCCAUUGGCGUGCAGCUGUUGCUAUUCGUGCUACCUAGUCUCAGGCCGUAUGGCACUAUUAUUCAAGUUUUAUUGGCACUUGGAGCAUGCGGGGCGUUAGCAUAUGUCGCUGUGACCGACCGGCGACAAAACGGUAAUCUAACCACAGACGGGCACAAUCGAAAUGAACUGAAGAUGAUAGGGAUGUUCUUCAUUCUAUGGCUCAUGUUCGCAAUCAUGUUCCGAAUGACAGGUGUCGGGGGCGGUCAUUCGAGUGUAGAUGCACCUGCAGCUGUCGCGCCAAAGUCGGAUACUGGCCGUAACCACGGUCGCGAGAAAUAUGAUCCGUACAAAGACACCCGUCGUGGAUCGUAUCGCGUUUACGAAGAGUGGUUGAUGUCUGACUACAAAGUGAGCCUCGUCAACGACAACAUGCAAGAGUUCUACGUCAUGUUCAGCGGCCCCGAAGAGACCGCCUUUGCCGGUGGGGUCUGGAAGAUCCACGUAGAACUCCCCGAUCAGUACCCAUACAAAAGUCCCAGUAUUGGGUUUAUGAAUAAGAUAUUCCAUCCCAACAUUGACGAGCUGAGCGGCUCGGUGUGCUUGGAUGUUAUUAACCAAACAUGGUCCCCAAUGUUCGAUAUGAUCAAUAUCUUCGAAUCGUUCUUGCCUCAGCUACUCCGGUAUCCUAACCCCAGUGAUCCCCUUAACGGGGAGGCUGCAGCUCUUCUCAUGAGGGAGCCGAAGAAUUACGAGGCCAAGGUCCGAGAAUACGUCAAGCGUUACGCCUCAAAGGAAGCUGCAGAGGCUGCAGCGGCCGAAGAAGACGAAGAAGAUGAGGAAGACGCCGAGAUGAGCAGUGUAGGGAGCAUCAGCGAUGACGAGGGAAAUGCUUGA